UUGCUCAUGGGCAUCAGUCGCCAAUCGCGAGCAGUGCUAACUGAUUUUUGAAAUCCCACAAUCGGAAAGUUUUUGAAUCUUGUUUUCUUAGUUUAUCGGUUCGGGUUAUAACCUUUUGCACAGAAACUAAAAAGUUUAUUGGUUCAAAUUAUAACUUCUUGCUCAGAAGUAGGAAGCAAUGGAUUCCUUUGGUGGAAACCAGAAUGUACACAUUUUGAAAAUUGUGACAGAUGCUGAUAAUUCUGAAUCAGCUGCUGUGCCCAGAUCGGAAAGUGAGCUGUGUGGCCAAAGAUGUUCUAGCGGAACCCAGCUUCACAUAUUGAAAAUUGUGACCGAUGCUGAUAAUUCUGAAUUAGCUGCUGUGCCUGGAUCGGAAAGUGAGCUGAUUGAACAAAGCUCUUCAAGUGUUUGGGAUUUGCUUGCCAAUGGGGGACUGUUGUUGGAGAGUGGAUCGGAAAGUGAGCUCUGGGAACAAAGCUCUUCAAGUUUUGGAGAGUUUGCAUGUGAAGGUCCCAGUUCAGAGAACCCAAAGCCCGAUAUUCUGUUGGGGGAUUUGAAUGCUGAAGGGUACAUAGACGAAAAUUGGCAAACGUUCGAAGACUCGUACGACUUUCAGUCAAGAGAUUUCGAAGCUGCUUGGCGAAAGAUUGCUUCGACAUGGUCUUCGUCGUCCACGUCUAGUUCGUCGUCAUCGUCUAGUUCGUCGUCGUCGUCUAGUUCGUCGUCAUCGUCUAGUUCGUCGUCAUCGUCUAGUUCGUCGUCCUCCUCGGCCUCUUCAAUUUCCGGCGAGAAUGAUUUUGAUUUUCACGUCAAGUCGCUUAGAAAUAUUCUAUCUCGUACACCAUUGAGAACCGAAAUGGAAGCUACCCCAACGAAUCUGGUCCAUCCUCUGUUACCAUAUGAGGGUUGGUGUUUAAGGUCUUUAUUGUGGCGUGAGUCGGAGGAUCCUGCCGGCGGAUUAUUCGCGUACUUGGGCUUCAACAAAGAGAAAAUCCUUGCAUCCCUGCUACUACAUCACAAGGAAAAUACGCCAACCAUUUCAAAUGAAAAGUUUUCUACUACGGGCACCCUUAUUGUCUGCUCCCAAAAUUUCAGGAAUUGGAGAAAAAUGAUCCAAAUCCAUUGUGAAGACGGACUCUCGAUUAAACACUUCCAUGGUGAUAGUCGUCAAGAAUUUGAUUUAGCUAAAUACGAUGUUGUCAUAACAACGUACAAGGUUGUUGAAGAGGAAGCUUCUUUUGAUGUCUCCAAAUUGUUUCAGAUGGAAUUUGCGCGGAUAAUUCUAGAUGAUGCAUUCGCGAUCAUGGAUCCUGUAUCAGAAAUUUCAGAACAGGUCUGCAUGCUUCGUGGUCACCGGCGUUGGUCGAUUACACCCACUCCAGUUCCGAGCCGAUAUUUAUUUUCUUACCUCCGCUUUCUGCAAGCAGCUCCUUUAAACGACGUGGCGAUUUGGAACUAUUGGGUUGACGAACCGGAUGGAUGGAAACUAAGGAAGGCCCUUCAUGAUUCGCUACUUAUUCGUCAGGGUCCGAUACUUUCCGAUUUUGAAUUUAUUUCUCCCUAACAACCCCUUGCAUUGAUAAAAUUAUUUACUCUAUUCAUUAUUAGAAAAGUAGAAAUGUGCACAUUGUUAUAUUUCUAUAUUUAAAAAACUAACCGUUCGUUUAAUUGUUGACUGCAGUUCUGCACGAUAGAAGAAAUUUAAUUUUUGAAAUAAAAUUGAUAAUAUCAAAUCAUAGUAGUCAUCUUCAUAGUAGAAAUAUCUUUUACUAUGAUCAAACAUUACACCAUGCAUCAUGGAUCAAAUAUUCAAAAUUUCAAAUCGAUAAAAUGCUGAUAUAAAGAUUUAAAUAAGAAAACUGGCAACUCCCAUUGCUUACAAGCUGUCCAUCUUUUUCACGUCUGCUCGUGUUCUCUAGUUCUCUUCAGAGAUGAUUUUAAAAAUUCAAGUUGCGAAAGUUGUUUGUUAUUAGGUAUCUAUUUUGUGUGAGCUGGUUAGUUAAAAUAAAUAAUUAAGAAGACUUUAGUUGCUUCAUUAAUGCGUAACACUAACAUUUUUAAAUACGAUGUCUGCUCCGGUAAUUUAUCAACGAUUUGGACGCUUGGCUUCUUAACUAUAAAGAAAUAUGGGUGUCAUGAGAACAAGAACAUGCAGAUGAUAGCUUCAUCAAACUUGUGUGCUAUAAACUUGAGAAACAGGUGUGAUGGUUUUAUCCAGAGAAAUGUUUGCAGAGAAACUUUCUCUCAUUUAAAAAAAUAGAACACCAUGGAAGCUUUCCGAAUUUGGUUUCAAGACAGAGAACAUUGGAAUCCUGUUUUUGUGGAGUUUCUAUUGGAUUGAAGUUUGAAGGGAAGUGUACAGCGCAGUGCAACCCUUCAUGUACUUUUGAAGGUGGUAGUUUAAAUGUUCAGUAUGGAAGAAGAAAGAAAAGGUUUCAGAGCCACAAAAAUAGCGACGCAGUUUUCUACCUGUCUGCUUUUACAGAAGAAGGCACAGAAAUGUCGUAAGAAGGAGAAGAACCAACAUCCGUCACGUCCUGCAAAGCCCUUUGGGAGGUGGAAGUUGUGCAACACGACCCGUGCCGUCAUUGGAAUUCCCUCUUCCGUUUCAAGAAUUUGACUUUGGGUCAGUACUUGGCGGCCGAAGUGGAUGACGACACGACGGUGGACGGAAUGAGUAGCAAAUUACGAGACUCGAACAACGACCCAGUUUCUAGUGCCCGUACUUCACGCCAACGAAAUUGCCUCCAUUUACGAACUAGACCCGACGACUCUGACCCGUGCCGACUCGCUGGUACCACAAUCAUCAUUUCUCUAUCUCAGGCACUUGUGCACCAACACCUGGGUCCACAGUACCGCCAUUCCCAUCGAAAAAAAUGAGGAGAAGCUCGUCAUGUCAAAAGUAGGCAGCGCCAUCAUUAUGGAAGAAUAAGAGGCCUUUGCUUUGGUUCUAGUACCGGCCAUUGAAGUCUGUUGCUUGGAUUUUACCAAUGACGCCUGUAAAGUAUUGGUCGGGGUGUGUGCCCGUCUUGAGAAGGAAACCAUCUAGCAGAACGAGCGUCACCAGUGUGCUGCAGGACAUUAUCUACUUAUCGCCAACGGAGAAGCCGAUGAGAACAAAUCGGAUUCCCUGGAACUGCUAGUGACGUGUCAUCAAUCGCGACCGUCAAAAGUUGCUCAGAGAACAGCCCAUCUUGAAGCAACUGUUUAAGAUCUUGCAGACGCCAUUCCUGGAACCCAGCAAAGACGGUUAAGUCCCCUGGCUUCGACUAGAACUAGACGAGCUUCAAGAUCCUAAAAACGCGCCCAACAAGUACAUCUUCCGUUUCUGCUACCGCAUCUUCCGGCUUAGUUUCCAGGAUUAUCGUAAAAAAAACAGGAAUACAUCGCCAAACACUUUGGCUUCAUGCAGAAGUAAAUCGGCUUCGACAUUCUAGCCGAGGAUACCAUCGCGGCUCUGCUUCACAACUAGCGCAAAUUACUGAAAAAGCACAUUACCACGGCCGAGAUUGAAACGUUCGUCGGACUCGUUUGCAAAAACAUGCCCCAAUGGGAAUGGCGGUUCCUUGAUUAUCUGUCUGAUUUGUACCUAACAAAAAAAGUGGCCAUUCCCGUCACUCAAGAGCUCAUAUGUAUAAUUGUUCAGAGUCCGGAAAACGCUGACAUUCUCUUGGACACGAGGAUGUUGUUGACACCGCAGGAAAUGGAGAUGGAUCCAGACAGUUUCAAUUACGAAGACGACGAUAUCUUUCUCAUUUUGGGCCGUCACCAGACGACGAGAAAGUUGGCCGAUUUGGCCCUGAGAGCUCGAGGAGGCGGUGUGGAGGAGCAGACUAUUUUGGACUACUACAAAUACCAAUUGGAUUUAUUCAGCAACAUAGGAAUGGAUCGCCAAUAUCUGGCCAUCAAUCGACUCUGGAAGCAUCUCGGCAUCGACCUCGCAAAACGAUGGCCAACAAAGAAUUGUCCUACGAAUUGCGAGCUUCGUUUUGUCGAUUGUUGUUCCACAUGCACGUUAACCGCGACCCGAAAGAGCCAGUCACGCCUGUCAAAUACGCCCGCCUGUGGUCCGAGAUCCCCAAACGACUUUCUAUCGAAGAUUACGACAACAAACUGCCGGAGCACGAGAACUGGUCGUUCACCAGAAAUUCAGCUCGACCAUCUUACCAGUGCAAGAUCAAAACAAAAACUCGCGUUUGAACUUCGAAGUGGUGAAAUUGGCGAGGGAGCUCAUUUACUUUGGAUUUGGUGCCCCCGACGGGUGUGGUGUUUUGCGGUCGUUGAGUGACAGGGGCGCCGUCAUAUUAUUCUCGAGUGGUAUCCUGGAUCUUUUUCAACCGCCCAGGCGAAACGAUACUAGCCUUAACAUUGGAAUUCCGCCAUUUUGUUGCCCGUUUUACUUUCAAGAUUCCGACGACGUGACUAGAAACUUGAGCAUCCAGUUGAAGUGGGAAAAGAACGUUAAUCAUUGACGUCGCAAUAAGCCAUGUGGAAAGACCAUGUACCCCAACCGAAGCCAUAGGUGAUUUAAGCCUGUUAAAUUUGUAUUGUGAACUAUAGUAAGCGGUAGCUGAUAGCUGGGAUAAUCUUCCUUCUGGGUCUAAUCCUGUUCGUGUUCCCAACAAUCAUUCUACAAUUUCCCGAUCUGGACCAAUUGCAAUUGUGAAAUCUGGUGAAGAUAUUUAGGGAGUAGCAGGUGAUGUCAGUAAACGUGGUUCAGUUUCAAACGCUUGAUUAACGACGAACAUCCCUCAAAUGGAUGAAUGGAAUGAUCCUGGAGCAGGAAAGGGGAAUGAUGCUAAUUUCAUGACAAACAACCAAGAAUGAAUCACUUCUUUGAAAUGGGACAAUAAUUCAUGGACGUCAGAAUUUCAAAUCCGGCAUGAAAAAAUUGGAAGUCAACGCCCCUUUUGUUCUUGCUGACAUGGAAAUGCCCAAAUCAAUGAGAGUGCACUGUCGAACCCGAAAAAAUUUGGACUUACUUGCAGAGAGUGAGCGAAUCGCCCCAUGAAAGAAUUUGUGUUUUCCAAUUAACUCCAUCUACCAAUGCUGAAAUGGUAGGUUACAAAUUCUUCUACGAUGAAUUAAACGGCAUGAACUGGUUUGUCGUUAUUGCUGACGCUCCAGAUUCAAAACUUCCUUGGAUUUUCAAAGACCUUUAUGUCCUCCCAUUGGGCAAAGCGAGUCCCAUACCUUCGGAGUUGACCUCGUUUAUUAAAAAAUCUUUUCGGGAAAACCGCAAGUCAGAUUUUAUAUUAGGCGUUGUGGUGUUCCGAGCUCCGCGUCCUGUGGACCCUCCAAGUUUUAAUGCUUCAUUGCCGGAAAAGAAAGCAGUUUGCCCAAAGUGAUGCAGAAUCGGAAAGCAUCAGAAUUCAAGAAACUCAGAAUUCAGAAUCCGCUCUAGUUGCUUCAGCUCAGCCCCCCACUCGUAUGACAGCUAUUCGACAAAAGCUACAGCAAGACAUCCUCAGUGUUGACCCCGUCAAAGCUAAAAUUCAGUCAAACUCUUCCCAACUGAAGUCUUCCUUACCAAGGCCUCCGUCUGCUGCUAAAUCAAUUCCAGUAGUUUCAUCUCCGGCGAUAGCGGAAUCCAAUGAAGACAAUACGCCUGUCAAAACCACGCCCGCUAUACCCUUCAAUCGGGUCGCUUCAAUCGCUAUACCCUUGAACCUUCCUCUUCAAGUGGACCAUCAACUGAAAAUCUCUCUGUUGCAUCAAACUCAUUUGAAAAACAAGGAAAAUAAAGAAGAAAAUCCUUCAAAUUAAUGUACAGGCUACCGCCACAAGCCCGACAAUUCAAAGUUCAAUAGAUCCAGACAAUUCAAAAAGUUGCACGUCAUGAAUCUGGAAAUCCGCAAGUAUUGGUUCCUUUCCAUUCUCCGAGUGACAUCAUAAAUCCAACUACAACGAUCUUGGAAGUACACCAUGUAUUUCCGGUGGAGGCUUUUUCCAGGAGCGGUUUCGAGACCUAUUCUAUUAAUCUUUCUGUUACAGAAGUGGCCUCAAUAACUGGUGGCAGUAUAUGUUCCAAAUCGGACUAUCUCUUUGCUCUUUCAGUUGUGUGAUUUUGAGUCAGGAUUUGAACAGGCAUCCAAGCCUUCUUUAGCACAAGGCGAUAAAAACGAAACAUUUUUUAUUCUACAUUUAAUUUUGAAUUAAUUGACUUAGGAUUACUAAGUAUAUGUGUGACCCCAUUAAACGAGUACGUUGAAAAUUCAAUUGAACAGAGCUCUGAAUUGAAGAUGACAUUGCAAACUUCACCAUGUUGACGAAGUUGCUGUUUAGCCUUAUCCCACGAGUUUCUACUUCGAUAGCCCCCAGCCCAUUAUUGUUGUUAUUCUUAUUUGUUAUUUGUUGCUAAAAAAAACUUGUUCCCUUUUUUACUUUAAGUGCAUCUUUCUCUAUUACCAAUUGCUUGGUGUACUCUAUUCUUUGAACUGGUGGAUUUCAGCAGAUUUCAGUGUGGGAAAUCAUCCCAACAAAUCUCCCAAGAACAUGUCCACUAUUACUUCUAUGAACCGAGAAAAACUUCUCGAAGAACUCAAAUCUCCGUCCUGUGACGACGUAAACAAGUACGAAAUAUUGGCCAAAAUUGGACAGGGCACCUUUGGGGAAGUGUUUAAAGCGCGCCACAAAGAAAACAAGAAAAUUGUGGCUAUCAAUAAAGUGCUGAUUAUAAAUGAGAAGGAAGGGGUGAGUGUUAAUACUUUGAUCAUGUUGGCUAAGCAUCUUGGAUAGAUUGCAAGGCAUAGGGUCGCUUCUGAAAAAUGUGUGGUUCCGGGCGGCAUCGGCAUCCGCUCGCUUCGAAGGAUCCAAAGUCAACAAUUUGUCCAACAGACCACAAGCGUAGUUCUUCGAUACGUGAAGGCCCCCACCACUGAUGAUCGGUUGUCAUGAUGCCCCCGCUUAUCAUGACUCUGCGGACUCACCUCGAAACUGCAGGAAAACUGCCCAUUUUCGCCCAUUUUUAGUCCGACAGAUCAAAACCAACAGCAAAACAACUUGGGUAAGUGGGGCUACAUUUUUCGUUAUAUUGCGAAAUAUUUUACGUCGUCUUACAUUUCUGUUUUGCCCUUCACCAAUUUUAAGAGGAAUGUAGAUUGAAGAUUUAGCUAACAAUAGAGUGUUACGUCAAUUUUCUUGUCAAAGGAUCUAGUACAGAGGAGUAUAUAACGGUGAGUGCUAUAAAAAGUUUCAUAUC